UCCAGUGCCGCCCAGGUAUGUGCUGUCUCCCGCAGGUGCUUAAAUAGCGGCGUCGGCCGCGCUACUGCUGUCCUUCGUACCGCGGCCAGAACAGAACCUGUUCUCCUGUAUACUUGCUCUUGCAGCUGUAUAGGACAGAAAGUUGAUUGAAGGAGAGAAACAGGCAAGUCUUUACUGCCUGUAGAAGGAGAAGCAAGAUUUAUAUGCUUUGAAAAGAUCCACUGUAAUUUUCUGCCACUUAAUGCAAACAGGAAAAAAAACCCCAACCUAUCUGCUUGAGGAGAUUCUGUUGUAAUGUAUCCAGUUGCUGUUCCUGCACCAGGAGAUGGAGGAAGUGAUGGACAACAGGGGAAGCUUAUUUUUUCCCUUUUUAUUUUUGGAGCUGUGUUGCUCUGUGCUGGAUUCCUGCUUUCAGUCUUUAUUCUCCAGUCGUGCCCAUCUGGAACCUUUAGUGACUGUAAUGAGGUCCUUAAGGCUGCUGGGCCUGUGCUGGCUGUAAGUGGCCUGGUUUGUGUUUUGCUGGCACGGUCAAGGGCCAGGCUGUAUUUCAGGCAAAGACAGUUGCAAAAUGAGCAGGUGUAUAGCCUUGUUUUUUGUCGUGGGAACUGCCAGUUUACCCAGUUUCUCAUAUUUGGAUUCCUGUUUUUAACUAGUGGAAUGCUGAUUAGCAUCCUGGGCAUUUGGGUUCCUGGCUGCAGCCCCAGCUGGCACAACAUACAGCUCAACCACACCGGCAGUUCUGAUGUGGACCUCCAGGGCUGUGGAUUCCUGUCGCUUCAAAUCAUGGGACCUUUGAUUGUGCUUACUGGGUUGUGUUUCUUUGUGAUAGCUCAUGUUAAAAAGAAACAAAACUUAUAUCUCAACCAAGAAUCCUGUGAAAGUGAAGAACAUCCUCAGAGCCCUGAAUCUUUUCAGAUUACAGUAGGUGAUGCUGUAGUAGUAUUCCCACCUCCACCACCUCCUUAUUUUGCUGACUCUGUGUCACCAACCGUGACAUGUUGUCUUAUGUCAAGUGGAUUGCCUGCAAGUGAAAAUCCUCCACCAUACCACUCAAUCUUCAGUGACGGAGCACAGCUUGCAGAUGAUGAGAGAACAGUUGGUGUUAGAGACUAUGAAACCAUAUAUACCAUUUCUGGAAGCAGCUCACCUUCGGAUAUUCUACCCAUGCUGUAUCUCUCCUCUGAAUCGCCUCCAAAAUAUGAAGAAAAAGCUUCAAUAACAAAUAGUGAAUAUUCUCCUUCAUCCUCGUCGUUUUCUUCUAUUUCCUUAUCCACAUCUGACACCAGCUCAUAGAGGACUGUCAGUUGGACUUCAUUUUUAAAUUAAGUCAUGUGCUCAGAUUUACAGUUUUUGAAUUUAUUUACAUUUUGUAAUAAAAGCAAUAACGUUGGCCUUGUCUAAUUUUUCAUCAAGAAGCACAAAUGAUGGAAUUCGGGUUUCAGUAAGUACUAGAUAAUGCUGAGCUUCUGCACAUAUAGGCCGAAGGGAUUCAGUUCAGUGCAAGAAUGUUAAGUGCUCAUCCUGUUCUGUUGCAGCUUCAGUUUCUAUUUUCAGUUGUUCUUUAUAUAAUGGAAGCACUAAGUAGAGACCAACUUUUUUUUCUUCUUCUUAUUUUAAUUAAAUCUGUUUGGAGCUUCAAAAAAGAAAUAA